GCGGAGCGGAGCCUCGUCCCUCCCGGAGCCUCCCGGUGCCUGAUCCUUCCCGGUGCCUCCGGCCGGAGGGCGGGCGGGGGGCGCGGGGGGCUCCCCGCCAUGGACCCCCGCCCCCUCAACGAGUCGCUGCAGGAGCUGCUCUGCCGCUCCGGGAACGGCGUCGGGAACGCACCCGGCACCGGGAACGGGACAAACGGCUCGGUCUGCGACCUCGUACGUAGGGGCCUCCGCGGGCCCCCGGCGCCCAGAGAGCUGGAUGUGGCGGUGCGUGUGGUGCUGUACGCGCUGAUCUUCGUGUUGAGCGUUGGGGGCAAUGCGCUGGUGGUGGCCGUGCUGGCGCUGAACCGGCGACUGCGCACCGUCACCAACUGCUUCCUGCUGUCCCUGGCGCUGAGUGACCUGCUCCUGGCACUGUGCUGCAUGCCCUUCACCCUGCUGCCCGGCCUCAUGGGCGCCUUCAUCUUUGGCGAUGUCGUCUGCAAACUCGUCGCCUACCUCAUGGGUGUCUCAGUGGCCGUGUCCACCUUCAGCCUGGUGGCCAUCGCCAUCGAGCGGUACAGUGCCAUCUGCAACCCGCUGCAGUCGCGCGCCUGGCAGACGCGGUCCCAUGCCUGCCGCGUCAUCGCGGGCACCUGGGCUCUGGCAGCGCUGCUCAUGUUGCCCUACGCCGUGUACAGCACCACGCGCCCCGCGGCCCCCCGCCCGCCCCCCGCCCAGUGCACACACCACUGGCCCAGCGAGCGCGUCCGGCAGGUUUGGUACGUCCUGCUGCUCCUCGUCCUCUUCUUCAUCCCAGGCGUGGUGAUGACGGUGGCGUAUGGGCUCAUCUCCCGCGAGCUCUACCGUGGCAUUCGCUUUGAGCUGGACAUCAAGAGGGAGGUGGCAGCCCAGCACGGUGUUGGGAGGGACCCAGUGCCUGCCUGUGACGAGGGCGAUGGGUGCUACCUGCAGCUGUCCCGUCCGGGUGCAGCGCUGGAGCUGCGGGCGCUGGGAGCGGCAGUGCAGCAGGACCGGGCGCGCAUCAACAGCUCCGGGGCCCAGCUGGCGGCCAAGAGACGUGUGAUCCGCAUGCUGGUGGUCAUCGUGGCCAUGUUCUUCUUCUGCUGGCUGCCCAUCUUCGCCGCCAACACCUGGCGUGCCUUUGCCCCGCGGGCGGCCCAGCGGGCACUCUCGGGGACCCCCAUUGCCUUCAUCCACCUGCUCUCCUACACCUCGGCGUGCACCAACCCCCUCAUCUACUGCUUCAUGAACCGCCGCUUCCGCAAGGCCUUCGGGGCCACCUGCGCGGGCUGGCGGUGCUGCCGUGCCUGCCCCCGUCGCCCGCCCGAGGAUGAGCCCCCCGUAGCCAGCGCCUCACUCUCCAAGUUCAGUUACACCACUGUCAGCAGCCUGGGCCCCCCCUGAGCCAGGACCUCUGAGCUGGCAYCCCCAACCUGAGCUGGGAACAUCCCGAGCCUCACCCCCCUGUAGUGGGAACCCUCUGAACCCCCCUGGCCAGCACCUCGCUCUCCAAGCUCAGCUAUGCCACCGUCAGCAGCCUGGGAUGCCCCUGAGCUGAAACACCCCUGAGCCCACCAACACCAGMGCCUGGGGCCCCUGUGAGCUGGACCCCCGCGAGUCCCCUAUGGCCAGCACCUUGCUUUCGAACUUCAGCUACACCAUUGUCAGCAGCCUAGGACCCCUGAGCUAGACCCCCUUAAGCCCCCUAACAUCAAUGCCUAGGCCCGCCCCCCCCCCAGGCUGGACACCCUCAGCAGGAUCUCCCCGAGCAUGAACCCCACUCUGCCUCCCCCGGGCACUGCCAGCACCCCCUGCGCCCCUUUCCAGUGCCUCCCAGAUCAGGGCACCUCCAGUUUCCCGCCCUACCGGGACACCCUYACCCACCACCCCCUGCCCAGUCCCAGUGCCCCCGAGUCCCCGGCUGGGCUGGGGCGAGGGGCUGGGCGGGAGGACCCUCGGGGCUGGGCAGGUCAGAGGCUGAGGGAGGUCGAGGCACCCCCAGCCCUGCCAGCCCAGCCCGGGGUCUCCCUGCGCUGCUCCCUGACUACGGUCACAAUAAACUGACCCCGUGCCCACUGGCGCCGCUGCUCCCACCGCUCCUGCCCGGCCAGCACGGGGGACGCUCCACGGGGCAGCUCCGGGGGGGACGC